AAGAUAAUACAUAUUAUCUUUGAUUGGGGCUAUAAAACGAGCAUGAUGAUCUUGUUGGCUCUUUAAAUGACAUUUGGUUGUAAUUUAAGGUUAACUGUUGUAUUUUAUUACAAUUGUCAUUUUUUAAUUUUCUUGUUUUAGUUAAUUUAUCUUUUAAAAUGAAGCUUCCACAUAUCAUUAGCGAAAAUGUUCUUAAAGCGUAUACGCCUUCCGAGCAAGCGUUGGAAUUAUUAGGAGAAAGUAUUAGGAAACUAGUCAGCGAAAAUUUUGAUUGGGAUGACGAUCAAUGUCCGAGCCUUAAAGAUCUUUGUGUUCACGUCAUAAAUAAGUUUUUCGAAAGAAAUCCCUUGUUGGAAGAGCUCCCUUGUGCUGAUUUAAACCAUUUGUACGAAAUAUUAUCAUUUGACUUACCUAUUGAAUUCUGCAUUAAUAAAAUUGAUUAUGAUUAUUAUUGGGAAAAAAGAUAUUCAGACAAGUUUGGCCUUUUCAUGCAUCUUAUGCCUAGAGACGCGACUUGGAAAAAAUUAUACUUGGAACGUCACGUUCAAUUUAUGCUGGAAAACGCUCAGCCACAAUACAACGACGAAGAAACAAUGGUGGAAUUGUUGGCGUUGUGCAAUCCGUAUGUUAAAAAAGUAGUGGUUACACAGUUGUUGGCAUGGGAACCGCCUUUAAACAUGGAAAAAGAAGAUAUUCCAGAGGUUUGGCCUGAAGCUCAUAUUAAUUUUGUGCCGGUUUUCCAGCAGCUUACUAAUAUGGAGGAGUUUGAUUUAAUUUUUGGCAGAAACGGUGUAGGCGAAGCAUUCACGUGGAGAAUGCUGAAAGUGGCAGUUCAGGAUUGCAAAAGUUUAGGACAAGCUGUUGAUUUUGCAACAACACUAAAAAUACUAAGACUGCACAAAAGUUGUGUGGACGAUAUUCAUAUUCAAGCCCUUAUGCGUGGGUUAAUAAUUAAUACAACACUCGAGGAGUUGGAUUUAUCUAACUGCAGAAUAAAGGACGACGGGGCUUGUUGUAUUGCCAAAGUUCUGGGCGUCCAUCCAAAAUUGCAGAUUUUAAAUUUAUGCGAUAAUUAUAUUGAAAAGAAAGGUGCAAUAGCUAUCGGGUUUGCGCUAUUGAUGGAAACAGUGGCUCCAUUAAGAAGGCUUGUUUUGAGGCUAAAUCCUCUUAAACAUGAUGGUUGUUUGGCAAUAAUGAGAGCGAUGGUGCGAAGCAACAGGCCUGCGGAACUAAACUUGUCAGCUUGCGGUUUUGAACAAGAUACCGGUUCUCGAUUAGCACAGAUGAUUAAAUUGAAUAAAUGCCUGAUAAAACUUGAUGUCAGUAACAAUUGGCUUGAUGAGGAUGGGGGAGAUAAAGUUAUCGAAUCUUUGAUGAUAAACAGAUACAUUCACUGGCUGGAUGUAAGAGAAACUGAUAUAACAAAAGAACAACAAAAACAGAUUAAAAUGCUAUUGAUGAGAAAUCGUACUGGAGAGGAAGAAUUUUCAGAUUCAGAAGUUGAAAUUGUUGAUGAAGAAGAAGAAGACGAAGAAGAAGAAGAAGAAGAAGAAGAAGAAGAAGAAGAGGGAAUAGAAGAAGAGAUGGAGGAAGAUGAGGAGGGAGAAUCGAAGAAAGAAUCUGAAGCAGAUGAUGGCAAAGAAAAAACUGUAAACUUUAUAAAUACCGAAUAAACCAUUCUUUUGUAUAAUGAACAAUAAU